AUGGCAGCCUGCAGAAAUGAGUCAGCUGUCUCUGGGAUCGUUCUUAAUGUCUUCUGUGUUUCUCUUCCAUCUUACCUACAGUUUUUCCAGAGGACUCAGAUACAGACUGCUAGGCCCACCAUCCCGACAAACACGUCUUCCAAACAGCCUGUCUCACAGACUCCUCUAGCCGUCUACCCAACUAAUCAGCCAAUCAUGAAGCCCAUGGCACCCAUGCCUUUCCCUUCCCUGCGGGCUGCACAGCUUAAAAACCUUGGGGCCCGGCGACCACCACCCAGGAAGAUCAUCAUGGGCCUGUCUUUGCACGACGAUGUUCAGCUGAAGAAAUCAGAGAAUGCCUGGAAACCAGGCAUGAAGAGGGAAAGCCUCCCAGCGGAACCAGAGUCCAACAAAACACAGGACCUGUUCAAGAAGGUCCGCAGCAUCCUAAACAAGCUGACGCCGGAGAAGUUCAGCCAGCUGGUGAAGCAGGUCUGGGACCUGACCAUCGACACUGAGGAGCGGCUCAAAGGAGUCAUCGACCUGGUGUUUGAAAAGGCCAUCGACGAGCCCAGCUUCUCGGUGGCCUACGGGAAAAUGUGCCGCUGCCUCGCCACGCUCAAAGUGCCCAUCACUGACGCUCCCAACAACACAGUGAACUUUCAAAAGCUGCUGCUAAGCCGCUGCCAGAAGGAAUUUGAGAAAGACAAGGGGGAUGAUGUGGUGUUUGAGAGGAAGCAGAAGGAGCUGGACUCUGCUGCAUCGACGGAUCGUGACCGACUUCAGGUAGAGCUGCAGGAGGCCAAGGACAUUGCCCGGCGGCGAUCCAUCAGCAACAUAAAGUUCAUUGGUGAACUGUUCAAGCUAAAGAUGCUAACGGAGGCCAUCAUGCAUGACUGCGUGGUGAAGCUGCUGGGGAACCACGACGAAGAUUCCCUGGAGUGUCUCUGCAGACUGCUCACCACCAUCGGCAAGGACUUUGAUUUAGUGAAGGCCAAGCCUCGGAUGGAUCACUAUUUUAAGCAGAUGGAAAAAAUCAUCAGAGAGGGGAAGACGUCUUCACGGACAAGGUUCAUGUUGCAGGAUACCAUAGACCUGAGAUUGCACAAAUGGGUGUCAAGAAGAGCCAACCAGGGUCCAAAGACAAUUGAUCAGAUCCACGAGGAGGCAAAGCUUGAAGAGGAAGAGGAGCAGAGAAAAGUGCAGCAGCAACUGUACUUCAAGGACACCAGGAGACGGCCAGAUCCAAGGGAGCAGAGAGAGCAGAGAGAGCAGAGAGAGCAGAGACAGCAGAGAGAGCAGAGAGAGCAGAGACAGCAGAGAGAGCAGAGGGAUCAGAGGGAUCAGAGGGAGCAGAGGGAUCAUAGGGAGCAGAGAGAGCAGAGAGAUCCGCAAGUACAGGGAGAGGAGACCUGGAACACUGUGCCCAUGAGGAAGAAUGGCAGGACCAUCGACCCCAACAAGAUCCCAAAGAUCUCCAAGAUGGACGAGAAGAUCCAGCUGGGCCCCCGGGCUCAAGUCACAUGGGUGAAGGGCAGCGGUGGAGGAGCCAAGGCCAGUGACUCAGCAGAACUUUCACGCACAGCGGUCCUCAACCGCUUCUCGGUGCUGCAGUUCGACCCCUCACCUCAACCCUCCACCACUCCUCCACAGAACCCAGACUUCGACGCCGGGACAACUCACGGAAGUCGUAGCUGUACAGAAAAAAAGCGCAGCAACAAGCCACUGAUCUCUGCACCGAAUGUCACCGAGAUCGAAUCUGAGCCAGAGCGUAGCAGAGUCCGAGAGCCUGUGAAACCUGAGCCUGUCCAGACGAUAGAGGAACCUGCUCGGUCUGAGGAGGAGAUCAAGAGGAAGUGCAAGUCCAUCAUCGACGAGUUCCUGCACCUUAAAGAUUUCAAGGAGGCUGUCCAGUGUGUGGUGGAACUUGAUCUGGGCUCUCAGUCGCACAUCUUCAUACGCGUGGGGGUGGAGUCGACUCUGGAGCGCAGUCAGAUCACACGGGACCACUUGGGCCAGCUCCUCUUCCAGCUGGCGCAGAAGGGAAUCCUGCCCAAACCCCAGUUCUACAAAGGGUUUGCAGACACGCUGGAGCAAGCGGACGACAUGGCCAUCGACGUUCCCCACAUCUGGCUGUACCUGGCCGAGCUGCUCAGCCCUGUGCUGAAGGAGGGGGGCUUCUCUAUGAGAGAGCUCUUUAGUGAAUUAAGCAAACCUUUGCUUCCUGUGGGAAAAGCUGGGAUCUUGAUCUCUGAAAUACUGCUCAUACUAUGCAAACAAAUGGGCCAUCGUACUGUGGCUUCUCUGUGGGAAGAAUCAGGCCUCAACUGGACUCACCUUCUGCCGGAGGAAGAGGACGUCCAGGCUUUCAUCUCACAAAAGGUCAGUGAUGAAGGUCAACACUCAUCAAGGCUCAAGAAAUAUUAA